CGUCGGUCUUCAGUCGCUCGCCACUAUUCGAAACACACGGUCGUCGAGGACUUUCCACCGCCGGAAAACUGUGGAAAAUAGCGUGCGUGCGUGAGUGUGUGCGUGUGCUUCGAGGGAAAAAGCGAAAUUCUCCGUCCAAACAACAGCAAACAACACAAGCGUAGCUUCGUGGUUCCUGCGAGGUUCGCGUACCGCAAAACCGAAUCAUUAAUAAAGAAAAGCCCGGCCGUCGACAAAAUUGUUUCGCGUUGCCCCUGCAUGUUGACACGGCUUAAAUGGGGCAUUAAGUGCUCGGAGUUUCAGUGCUGAUAUAUGCAAUUUCCGCUAAUCACAAGUGCAAUAAUCCCACACGAUUCCGCAUCAGUGUGAUGCCAACUGGCCAGCAGAACUAAAAGGAUUAAGCUGCGGAUUCACAUCAGCCCGCCCAGUGUUCCGGAUCGGUCGACAGGCGUAAAGCUGAUUGCCCGGUGAUAUAAGAACUGUGGAUAAACGAGGAAGAAAUCGGAGGAGGAAGGCCUCUGGAGCAAGGAACAUGGAGUGACCAGCAGCAGAAAAGUGGACAAAGUGACAGGCGAUAGCCACAAAACAACACAGCCGAAAGAGGAAAGCAGGGCCAGUUGACAGGAGCUCAGCCAAUAAAGGCCAACCGAACUCAGUCUGGGCCAAAUUCGGACACACAGAUGCAAAAAGGCGGCGGAGGAAGCCACCAGCAACAGCAACCGCAGCAAAACAAAACUGAAAACGGAAAAGUUGCUCCGAAACAGACUGCUGGAGGGGAUUGAGGGGAGUAGCCAGCGGAAGCCGAGGCUGAAAAGUUCCCAAAUUUGGCAGACAGACCCCUUUCUGGCCAUCUCGUUCCCACUUCCAGCCGGAACAGUUAGCAGCAGCUGGAAUUUGAUUUUAACGCUUAUUCGAGAGCUUGGGAUCUGUUCUGGUUCUGAGUCUCUGUUUGUGGCACCAGCCACUGACAACCAUCACCAAGGCAGGAGAAACUGGCAGCCGAAUUAAACUCAGCACCAGGAAACUUCACCCCGGAAACCCAGCCCCAACUCCCCCUGAAAGCUACGCAUCAAUGGCAACACAUUGAGAUUGGCUGUCAAAGGGGAGCAUCCGGACGAAGUGGAGCUGUGGAAACUGUGGAAAUGUUCGCCACUUGCGGCGACACAUGCUCUGACAAUUUAUUGACUCCUCGCGGCACCCACUAAACAAACCCCGCUCCACCAUGAAACUCCUUCCUCUGAAGCCGCCCCUCCCGAUCCUGCUCCUAUGCCUAACCAUUUCCACUUCGGUCAGCGGCUAUCUGAACAUUUUCAUCAGCCACCACGAGGUGAUGAAACUGAUGGGACUCGAGGCGGACCUGUUCUAUGUGCACGAGGGAGCCAUCAACACAUACGCAAUGCACUUCACCGUCCCAGUGCCCGCGGAUGUCCAUGAGCUGGAGUUUUCCUGGCAGAGUCUGAUUGCCUACCCACUGCCAUACGCCAUUAGUAUUGAGUAUAACAACGACCAGGAGGCACUGGGCACGCCCACGCUGAGCAUUCCGCACAAGGGUCUGGUUCCACAGGAGAUCGAGUCCUUCCUGGUUUACCUGCCCUGCACCGGAAAUGCGAGCCUACAGAUGCCCGUCAAUGUCAACAUGGUGGUGCGUGCUCCUCCUCGAUUCAACGACACCCGGCUCCACUUCAAGCGCAAUAAGAUCUGCGCCAAAGGCAUCUCACCUGAGCCCAAUCAAUCGCCGGCGCCAGCCCACGCCCCCUCCCAAGGACCCGCCCUCCUCAGUGCCGCCGCCUGUGCUCUGGGUUUGGUUUUGGCCGUGGGACUAGUGGCCAGCAUGAUGUAUGUGAGGGCGCGCAAACAGCUUCGCCAGGACUCGCUACACACCAGUUUCACCACCGCAGCUUAUGGCAGCCACCAAAACGUGUUCAUCCGACUGGAUCCCCUGGGAAGACCGCCGAGUGCCACGGGAUCCUAUGCGACCAUUGCCAGCCUCAACAAAUACCCUGCGGACAGCAAAAAGUCGUGCAGCAUAUUCGACCGUUUCCGGAGCUCACCCACCCCCACGCCGUAUGCCACCGCCCUGCUGCCCAUGAACCUCGAACAGACCGCAGAGACGAUUUACUCGAAGCCAGAGUCGAUCUGUCCCUCGAGGAUUUCCUACUACGCCUCCUCGCAACUGACCCAGCCUUGCAGCCUGUCGACGCCGAAGAGCAUCCGAAGCAACGGCAAUGGCAACUGCACCAGCGGAAGUGGCAGCCUAAGCCUUUUUGGUGGCAUCCCCACCGGCAGCACCAUCACCAUGGCCAGUCACGGGGAGAAGGGUAACCAGCGCCUGCGACGGAUACCCAGCGUCCAGCCCGGUGCCCUCAGCUACGAGGAGCUGGUCAAGGAGGGCACCUUCGGCCGGAUCUAUGCCGGCAAGCUGGGCGAGUCCUGCGAGGCGCUCGUAAAGACCGUCAUCGAUGGCGCUUCGCUCACCCAGGUGGCAUGCCUGCUGCAGGACGCCUCCCUGCUUAUUGGCGUCAGUCACCAGCACAUCCUGGCACCGCUGCUGGCCAACACGGAGCUGCCGGGUCCGCCGGAGAUUGCCUAUCCCCAUCCGUCCAAGGGCAAUCUCAAGAUGUACUUGCAAAAGUCGCGGGAAUCGAGCACAGCAUUGAGUACGCGCCAACUGGUUGAGUUUGGGCUGCACAUCACCAAGGGAUUGGCCUAUCUGCACUCCCUGGGAAUCGUUCACAAGGACAUUGCCACACGCAAUUGCUACCUUGACGAAGAGUCCUAUGUGAAGAUCUGCGAUAGCGCCCUAUCCCGCGAUCUCUUCCCAGACGACUACGACUGUCUUGGCGACAAUGAGAAUCGCCCGCUGAAGUGGCUGUCGCUGGAAUCGCUCCAGAAGCGGGUCUAUGCCACCCAGGGCGACGUGUGGGCCUUGGGCGUGACCUACUGGGAACUGGUCACUCUGGCCCAGAUGCCGCACGAGGAGGUGGAUAUAUUCGAGCUUACCAAUUACUUGGCUGCCGGCUUCCGGCUGGAGCAGCCCGUCAACUGCCCAGAUGAAUUCUUUACGGUUAUGAACUGCUGCUGGCACUGCGAGGCCAAACAGCGACCUACGCCCUCACAGUUGCUAUCGUAUCUGCAGGACUUCCAUGCGGAUCUGGGCAUGUACAUCUAAGCGAGACGAAGGACUGACGACGGAUGAGCGGUAUCCAGGUGGAGUCAAGCGGAGCGAAGCCCAAAAUAAAUUAAUUGAAACUUUUGCAUUUUAAAUGUGAGAUUAAAUGUGAAUUUACCUGUUAGAGUUUGGCGCAAAACCAAUUACACUGAAAGCCAGCUAACUUCAGAUACGUAAGCACACGCAUAUACACACACCAGUACACUGGGGUGGACCUCAAUGAGUUGAGAAUAACUAUUAAAAUUAAUAAAAGCAGUUAAAUUAUCAUGUAGCUUAACAUCACGGAAACUGCCUCAAGAGAUAUAUCACAAAGGUAUGCUAACAAGGUAUAUUAACAUGGGCCACACUGCGUAUGAGCGAUAUAUAUGCCAGCUAGUGCGCACAAAUGAACAUCGAAUGCUUUAAGGCCACACGGCGUAUGAGUGAUGCCAUUUUCUGGCCUUAAAGUUCAAUCCCACUCCGAAGUAGCCACACUGCGUAUGCGUGAUGCACACUGAAGGCCAUGCAUCAAAGCAAGUCAAAAGUCAAAUAGCAACUGAGGUCCACCCAACAAUAGAAAAGCUAUCAUUUUCCAACCCGUUGACACAGGGCCCGGGUCGAACUGGCCCCCCAAGCGGAAUGUGGGUUAAGCGUUAGAUAAAACUGACAUUUAAGUAGUUAGCAAUUGAAUAACAAACACUCACACGCGGCGAAACUCACAGCAACACACAGACACAUACACGAACCUUAAAUGAUAAAUGAAUGUGAAUUAUUGAUGUGCAUAUUUUAUUGAAUGUGUGUAGAGUGUAAGCACAGGACGAAGGAUUGAACGGGAAGAGAUGCGACAACAGGAUGCGGAAUCUUUUGUUCACGAAUGUUGUCCUCGAGAUUGUUACGAAUGCGAUAUAUUUAUUUACCUUGAUUAUUAUUAUUACUAUUGCGUAUGUCAUAAGGGAGGAAGUUCAAAACAGAAUCUGAAUCAGGUGAAAAGCAAAAAGAGCAAAUGUUAAACCGAUGGCAAACAACCGAUGAACAUUAUUCACACCCACGACCACAAACACAACAACACACUCGCUUGCAUAGAGCUCCCUUAGCACCUUAACCCCAGACUGCCCUGCAUCCCUUAAUCCUUCACAACGUGUCCCCGACUUGCUCGUAUAACGCACUAAUUCAGUUUCGGAGAAACUUGUCGCAAUCGUUUCGUUGCUCAAUUAUUUCAAAGUCAAAGGACAGGGGAAUAAGCUCCGCUUCUGGCAGGAUGCGCCAUGAAAUAUGCAAUAUGCAGCUGGGUUUUCGCUCAGUGCACUUGUGAGUGUCUGCGUUCGCUUCUCAAACUGUCACUUGACCCCAAUCCGAGCCAAAAUCUCCAGCUUAAGACGUCCUUGCUGUUUGUGUACGCCUUUUAGUUGAAUUAGCCAGAAAUUGUUUCUGUUUCUGUUUCUAUCUCUGUAUCCAUUUCCUAAGAGUUAUGUAUUAAUUUGCCUUUCCGUUAGCCAACUCAGGCGGCAACUUAAAGUUGUCAAGCCCCAAAAAACCACCCACAACCCCCAGAAGACUUGGAAAGUGCAAUGGGAUGGGGAAGUGGAUGUGCCAGAAGACAUUGGAGAUGAUUUAUUCAAUGGGGAAGGCAGCUUCAACCAUCCCAAAAUAUUUUCCAAUUAAUAAAUAGCUAAAGGCCGCCACUUAAACGUAGUUUAAAUGUUCUCCGUAGUAAUCAAAGAAAAAAGAAUCUGCAAGAAAUGCAAAUACGAACACAACAACCAGUCACGCACCGAAUUAACUAAGGUCGAAAUAGAAAAUAGUUCCAAACCAGCAGCUGCUUAUUCGUCUAGCUACGUAAGCCAUCUCCGAUAUUGUUUAUUCUUAAGCUUCGCACUCGACUAUGGAAACGUUACUAAGCAAAUACUGAACUGUAAACUAUCAAAGCUCUCUGCAUUUAAUAAAUAUCCCCAAAAAGGCUGCCAGGCAGCCAACUAAACUCAGCACACUCACAGAAAACACCCACACGAACACCGAACAAUUAAAGAUAACCCGGGGGGACGAGCAGAACUUUAAAUAUAUUAUAAAGCUAAGGAGACGGAGCUCUUGAAUCAAAGGAGCAGCCCACUACUAUAACUAACUGAAUGUGUUUCAUGUUUAUAUAUGUGUACGUGAGUGUAUGUCUAUGACUAAACGUAUAUUUUGUCGUCAAAUUGAAAACUAACUGUAAAGGCUAUUAAGAGGAAAAGCAACCCCAAUACCAGCAAACGUGUAAAGCCCGGAAGGAAGGGGCUAAAACACACACAACCAGACGCACACUCACACACAACCAUACACACACACACUCACACAGCGGAAGCCUAGAAACCACAAAGCAAAACAAGUUGUCAUUCACUCUACAUAUGUCUCACUCUUUAACUCUAUAUAGAUGUAUCCCUGUAUCCUACUUUUAGAUAUACUCUAGCGUAUGAUUGUAUGUGUAUACAAAAACUCGAAACUAAUGUGUUUUCGUCUAGAAACGAAAUGAAGAAGGAAUAUCUGCUAAGACACACAAACACUCGCAACACUCGAAACACUCAGAAUACUCAAAACACACCGACACCUUUGAGACCCCACCCCCUCUAUCUAUUCGAACGCUAUUCUAAGUGGGCGUGGCACCAAGAUAAAGCUAAGAACCAGAACGACAACCUUAAGCAGAAAUUCAAUUUUUGUGAAGAGCGGCAGCCGGAAACGAAAAACAGAAGAAACAGAAAAACUCGGAAACAAAACAA